CUCACGCAAGCUCAACAACGUAACCUUUAGCUAGCACUUCUGAACCUCCAUCAAAACUGUCAGAUGCACCUUGGUGGGGUAAAAGUACAACUCAUUGGCUGAAUUCGCAGAUCUCUAUUUCAAUCUUAGCAGCAGGCCACCUCGAACUGAUUUGAAUGACUUGGCUGACUUCAUUUGUUCAAUCUGCGGAUUCUUGAAUGAACGUUCUGGUUCCCUCAAAAUGACGACCAAUGCUGAAAUGCUAAGAGUUCUUGAAAUAAACCUCAGAAAUGCCGAAGCAACACUUGGCAAGGACAGUACCCAAUAUCAGGACAUCAUGGAGGUGAUUGAAUUUUACAUGUCUGGGCUAGAUGCUGGCCAAGGACAAUGUCGCUCAAAAAAAUCCGAGUCUGCUAAAGAUCAGGAGCUCAACUCGGAGAAAUCUCCAUUCGCGAACUUGGUGUUUCGAUCAAAGACAUAAAGGCUAUGCUUUGUCCUGUUAACUUUCGACGUCUUGUGGGGUCUUCGAUGAUGUUAAGCAUCUUAUCAGGCUUCUCCUCAAUCUCAUUGAACAAUACAACCGGAUUUUCAUUUUUUUUUCGCCGAUGGUUCAUCCUAGGCAAUUACUUGUAUCAGCACUUGUCCAGUGCGUAGUUCGGGAUUUUUCAGGUUAAAGAAUUGUGCAUGAACCACCCGUUGCCAGUGGAAUGGCCGCUGUGGCUGCCCCAACACCCAAAGUACCCAAAGCCGCAAAUGCUUGAAUCCAUUGUGGCUUGGAAGAUGACGCUCUCACCUAGGCACGUAAGCAUGACGAAUGAAACAAAGUCGGGAGCACAAACCUCG